GCAGGACUGCGCGGGCGCGCAUGCGCCGCGCCAGAAACGUGCCUACGUGAUUAGUGGGCGCCUCUCUGAGCGCGGGAAGAUGGCCGAACAGGCGACCAAGUCAGUGCUGUUCGUGUGUCUGGGUAACAUCUGUCGAUCACCCAUCGCAGAAGCAGUUUUCAGGAAACUUGUAACUGAUCAAAACAUUUCAGAUACUUGGAGGAUAGACAGUGCAGCAACGUCCACGUAUGAACUAGGAAACCCUCCUGAUUAUCGAGGGCAGGCUUGCAUGAAGAAGCAUGGUGUCCCCAUGAGUCACGUUGCCCGGCAGGUUACCAAAGAAGACUUUGCCACUUUUGAUUAUAUACUAUGUAUGGAUGAAAGCAACCUGAGAGAUUUGAAUAGGAAAAGUAAUCAAGUUAAAAACUGCAGAGCGAGAAUUGAACUACUUGGGAGCUACGAUCCACAGAAAAAGCUCAUCAUUGAAGACCCUUAUUAUGGUAAUGAAGCUGACUUUGAGACCGUCUACCAGCAGUGUGUGCGGUGCUGCAGAGCCUUCCUGGAGAAGGUUCGCUGACCCGGGUCCAGCCCUGCUGCGGCCCAGGCUCGUUCCCACAGGCCCGCAUUCUCAGUCAGGUGUCACAGUGUCGCCAUUCCCUAGCCAAGGCCACAGCCCUUUUCUCAGUUGACUCACUGUUUCUUACCUUAAAAAUAAUUGUAGAUGGAAACCAGUUGUGCGUUUGGUGGACGAAUAAAUAAAAAAUUUUGAUUCAGCCAGUUUAUGGGGUAAGUGUUCUUAGACUAGUUGAACCUCCCACUUUGCCCCAGUUACAAAGAUAGUGGAACAAAGAAAAUCGCAGAGCAGCAAAAUAGAACACAAUGAAGUAAAGCAUCACUGUAAGGCUCGGCAGCAUCUGAGCCAUCGGCACUUCCAGGAAUCUGCACUACCUCUUCCCUCUGUGUGGACGGGGCCCCUGCCCUGCACUCCCUCUUGAUGCCAGGGCCUGGUGUCCAGUGAUGUUGGCGAGAAGUGUUCACACACAGGCACAGUGCACACUUGUGCAUUGACAGGACAGGAAGGAGGAAGAUUUGCGUGACUCGUCUUCAGCACCUUCACUCCUUAGUUUGUGUCUGUCUAGUUGAUUUCAUAAGGAAGUCACCUUAUGUGUUCCUGUUUGAACCACUUUGCCUCUGGAAAUGUAAUUAUGUCCGGGAAGAAGGACACUUGUGUGCUGGUUUACCUUAGGGUCAGUGUGGGGACCACGUCUGCUUUACAUGCAUGUGAUUAACCUGAAUGUCAAAUAUAGAUCAGCUUAGGUGGGAAAAAAUAAGUGGGAAAAAAGUCCUUUUAUGUUGGAAUGCUUAAAUAUUGAUAUGUUAAGUAUUCUUUUAUCAGUGCUUAGUUUAUAGGCAAAUAUAGGUAAUUUCUGUGCACUUGGAGAUAACUGAUCUAAAAUUCAUAUGAAUAUAUGUCAGAAAAGAUUGUUUUCAAAUAAACUGGGGAAAUUACAAAAUUACAGCUAAGUACAAGUCUGGUGUCUGCCUGUUUUUCUACUGACAGGUGGGGAAGAAUCAGAAAGCAUUGCCUCCACUGUCCCUUUUGGAUGAUGCGCGAUGUGCGCCUGUCUGCCCCGUGCCGGGCAGCGCCCUAAGCAGCGUAAGUGCCUAAGUAAGCACGUUGCUUCCACGCAGGUAAUCUGUUCACGGGAGAAGCCGGCAGCCCUGCAGCCACAGCAGCCUUGCCUGCGCCCCAUCCUUAGUGGAGUGUGGGUUCUCCUUGGGGCCAGCACCCCGAGGCAGACCCCUGUGGAUGGCUAGAUGAGGGACAGCUUUUCUUCUCUCGGUCUUCACCCCAGUUCAUCGUUGAUGACCCGAAGUCCCGGGAGGACUCUGGGUCACAGAUCGGUCUGAGUGACGGUCGCUCAGAAGCAGGGAGAGUUCAGAGGAACGGCUUCUGGUCCUCAGUAUCACAGGGGCCUCAGACGGGGGACCUUCAGUCCUGAGCUUACUCGGGCCUGAGGGAUGAGCAAGGUGUCUUUCCCACCAGGCCACCGGGGGCGGCAGACUCAGGGACACCGGGGAGGCAGCGGCAAGAAGGCUGGCCAGGCGUGUGUGUGGUGGCCUGCGGGAUCGCUCCAUGAGGGCUUAUCCUGAAACGUGGGAGGAUUGAGAAUUUGAUAAUGGCAGCUUUAAAAAGUAAAGAAUUGAGGGAAAAAGUCGACCUGCAACUAGGAAACAGGAAAGUAAAGCACUUCAAAAAUUACACCCUAGUGCCCUAAUCGUUCAGUAAUUGCUUAAUACUCUCAAAGUAAGGAAAUUUCUUACUCUUUUCUGUUCCUUUAUGUUGAUGAAUAAAUCUCUCUAGUUUGUUUUCUUUAACAUUUACACACAUGUCUUAAACACAGACCCUCAGACAAAUCCUAGGGUUCCUAAUUGACUUUGUCCUUAGGCGGUAUCCAGACUAGGGCUCAUGUGAACAGGAAACCUCGUUGCUGAAUUCACUUGUCUGAAAAAUUAGAUCCAGUCAGGUUUGUUCAAAAUAUAUCUACCUGUAAAAAUCUGGAGCUUUUUGGAAGUCUUAAGGUCCCUCUUAGUUUAGCGCUUCCAUUACAAGGUCACACAGGAAAUACGGAGUUUAGCGUUUCCAUUACAAAGUCAUACAGGAAAUACGGAUGCAACCUUAUUUGAAAUACUCGCUACCAAAUCACGUACGUUAAGAAAUGUGUCGCCAGUAUAUAGUGCCACUCCCUUUAAAACAUGCUAAUGUCCCUUACAAGAAUUCAUAGCUUUCUCGUUUUAUUUACUUAUGCCUUUUAUAUCCUGUGAUAUCCUGCCAGUAUUUCAAUCUUUCCAAAAGAUUUGUAAAUCAUGAAUUCCCAACGAUGAACUUGUUCAGGAGUAAAGAGUCACUUUGAAGACUUCAUUAUAACAAACACUUCAUUUAUUACUUGCGUUUUAUUUACAGUAUCUACAUAUUGCACAGUAUCUAGAUACUAUUUUACACUUAUUAUACAAAGGACAAAUGAAAUUAGCCUGAGCAUGUACACAGGUUUACACUCCGAUGUCUCCACAACUGAAGUUCUUUUCUGUCUCUUUUUAUUUAUUUAUAUUUUUUAAAUUUUUCAUGCAAUUCCAAAUGAUACUCU